AUGUACAUUGGACUACCUGAUCCUCACCUUUUCAAACUUCCUCCCAACUCUCAUCCCCUACCUACCAGUCCCGCAUCGCGGUCCCAGCUAUCGUGGGAAAGGCCUAUCAACAUAAGUCCGGCUCUGUUCUAUCACACGCUCGAUGUUAAACUACCUCUUCUUAUCGCCACCCUCUACGCAUUGACCGUCUGUACUCUCAAUUAUAUCAAUCGAAAGCGACAGAACCGUCCAUGGCCCCUAACCCGUAGCCCACUAUUUUAUCAGUUUGUGCUCAUCCAUAACGUGGGCCUGGUGCUCUUCUCGGCAUGGAUUACCCUGGGGACUUAUCAAAUAAUUAAAUCGACCCUAAUGGAUCAACGAAACAACCCACCUCUUGCAUCCGCUGUACACAUACUUUGCAAGUUCGAUCGGAAAGAUGAAUUGAGCUAUUUUAUGCAGAGCUCGGUAUCAGAAGCACAUUCACAGCUCGAUCUAAAUGAUCAUAGUUUGGAAAUUCUCCACCCCGGAAUGUUGAACUUUGAUUCCUUAUGGGACCGCGGUAUUGAUUAUUACAUGUGGAUGUUCUAUAUGUCAAAAUUCUAUGAGAUCGUCGAUACAAUGCUCCUCCUUAUGAAAGGAAAGAAGAGUUCCUUCCUGCAAACUUAUCAUCAUGCAGGUGUCAUGUUAUGCACAUGGGCAGGUGUGAGAUAUAUGUCUCCACCGGGUCUCGUCGGCCUUCUGUUGAACUCAGUGAUUCAUACAAUCAUGUAUCUUUACUACACCCUUACCACACUCAAGGUUUCAAUACCUGGCUUUCUCAAGCGUACCCUUACUGGGAUGCAAAUCGCCCAGUUCAUCUUGGGCUCGAUUUUGGCAUGGUCGUACAUCUUUAUUUCGUACGAUGCGUCCAUCUGGCCUCCCUUGGCUUCAUUACAUAACAAACGCGAAGAAAACCGUGGAAACGCGAGUCGAACGAACAUAUCCUUUCAUAAGGAUAAUUUCCAACUGAUACCCUGUUUGGACAACAGCGGACAAGUGUUUGCAUUGCUCUUGACCACACUCUAUCUAAUACCGUUGACUUUCCUCUUUGUUCGGUUUUUCGUCAGAUCAUACCUGUCAGGAUCGAAGCGAAAGUUGGUAAGACAUAAGUUACAGUAG